CCUGUCGCCCAGGCGACGGACGGCGGCCGGGCAAGAUGGCGUCGGCGGUGCGGGCCGGGCGGCGGCUACGGCAGGCCGUGGAGGGCAGCGAGCUGGCGGGGUUGCCCGCCGACCUGCGGGCCGAGCUGGAGGCGGCACUGGCCUCCCAAGGCGCCGUGGUGCCCUUCAGACUGCUGCGGAGGCUGCGGACCGCGCUGCGGGAGGCAGGGUCUCCGCUGUACCUACACCAGCUCCUGGAAGGCAGCGAGAUCGAUUUCCCCGAGGUGCCGGUACCACCGCGGAACCCCGAGCUGGUGGCCCGGCUGGAGCGGAUAAAGGCCAAGCUGGCAAACGAGGAGUACCAGCGCAUGACCCGCAACAUCACCGGCCAGCAGACGAACGGGACAUUGGCCGAAUUUGGGAGGCAAGGUGAGUGGCUGCCCGUCCUGCUGACGCCUGGCCGUGGGUACCUACAGUUCGCUCUGUUAAAGCCGUUGUCAUCACCAUAUUCAACUUCAUUGUCACGGUGGUGGCCGCCUUCGCCUGCACGUACCUGGGCAGCCAGUACGUCUUCGCAGAGACGGCAGCGCGCGUCCUGUCAGCGGUAAUUGUGGCCUCGGUGGUUGGCUUGGCUGAGCUGUACGUGAUGGUGCGGACCCUCGAAGGGGACCUCGGGAAACUAUAGUCACACGUGUCCCCCUGUGAACUGUGGCCUUGUGCUGGAGGUGUUUGCCCUCCCCAGAAGUCACUGAUUUGGGGCAGUUUGCUCUUCUACCAUCUAUUUGUACCUGCUCCUGUUACCGGGACAACUGCUGCGUUCCUCAGGCCUCCUCCCUUUGCUUCCCGCUCUGUAACGUUCCUGAAAUGAAUCAUGGAUUAAAAAUCCUGCAGCCGAGGAGCAGAAGAGGGAAUGGCUGUGGACUCUCAGGACACCAGCACAGAGAGGGGCAUCAGCUCCAGCUGCUCCCGUUCUCCUGGGAAGUUGCUGUCCUUUUAUUCUGGAAUUAAAUAACGUUGCGCGUUUGCAAACUUCUUCAA